AUGCAAACUCAUUACUUUGUGAACUUGAUCCGCAUCGAUGACUUCAUGUUGUGCGGCCCGCCCGCGUCUCUUGAAGCAGCUUAUUAUACCGCUGCUAAGAAGCAUCACGUUGAGGGGACCAAAAAAGACGAACCAGAUCACUCCCACAGCAAUACCAAGUGCGUUUUCCAAACCUCCUUUGUCGAAAGAGAGGAAGCGAGAUGUGAAGUUAAAGGGUAUAGGAUGGAACCGUGCAUAUCCUUCAUGUUAGCCCUACCAUAA